AUGACAGCUGUUCACAUGUCUAACCGAUAUCGCUUGCUCCCCAUAUUUGAGCAGGGUGAUGGAUCACAUGAUUCUGAUAUUCCAUGGGAGACUUCCGCUUUGUCAUUCGAAUCCGAUAACAGAGUGGUAGAGUUCAAGACUCUUUUUCAAAAAUUGAAGGGACCGCUUUUCUGGGCUCUUGCCGAUCAUGGACACGCUUACGAGCCUCGGCCUGCCCAUCCAUUCAACAAAGACUGGAGGGAAGCAUCCAAACUCAGCAAGCCAUGA